GGCGAAAAACCCUGCCGGAGCCAGCGUCCCUGGGGUUCGGCUGCGACUGGGCAUGCGCGCAGGGAGGGAAGGAAGUAAGGAGAGCGGGAGCUCGCGCGUGCUCAGUAGACACCAACGAAGCCGACGGCUCUCUGGGUCGCUUGGCGGGCGCGUCUGUGCCCUCCCUUGAGGGAGGAGGAGGAGAAAAACACGGGCACCCUCUUGAAGAAGGAAGCCGUGGCGAAUGCGCACGCGCGAGGCCCUGGGCAUGCGCGGUCCCGGCUUAUGAAGCUGCCUGCCCGCGCUUGACCUGCUCGAGGAAGGGCUCCUCCUCAGUCUUCGUUCCGUUGGAAAAUGGGCAUGAGGAGAAGCCCUGUCGCCCCGGGAAGCCGGCACACUUUGAGCCGGGGAGGACCAGCCUUGCCGGGGAGGGCUUGGUCUCCUUCUUCCCUCAAAAAAGGGAAGAGCGACGACCGACGGAGGGCCUCCUGGGAGGGGAAAAGCGGCCGCCUUCCCUGAGGGAGGAGCCGGGGGCGGAGGCGGCCUCGACGGAGGGCAGGCCCGCGCCGGAGACUGGGCGGCGUCGACGGCGGCGGCCCUCCUCUGAGGGAAAGGCCGAAGCGGGAGCUCCCUCCGGCCCCAUGAGGCCUCCGCGGCCGCCCCAAGCCCCGUCCCCGCCGGGCCGGCGGCAGAGGCUCCUCCUGGGCCUGGGCCUCCUCCUCCUCCUCCUGCUGCUGCUGCUGCCGGGGCUCGGGGCGGAGGCGGAGGGCGAGCAGCACCAACAGCCCGGGCAGCGGCACUACGGCAGCGACGGGGAGCACCGGACGGACUACGACCGGGAGGCGCUGCUGGGAGGCGAGGAAGAAGCGGAAGAGUUUGUAAAACUGAGUCCAGAGGAGAAGCAGAAACGACUAAAAGCGAUUAUAAAGAAAAUUGAUGUGGAUGCUAAUGGCUUCCUCACAGAAGAUGAGCUGAGUUCGUGGAUCCAGCAGUCUUUCAGGCGUUAUAUUGUCGAAGAUACAAAGCAGCAGUUUGCCGAAUGCGACAAAAACGGCGACGGGGACGUCUCCUGGGAGGAGUACAAUAUCCAGAUGUACGACCAUGUGAUCGAUUUUGAUGAAGAUACAACUCUGAAAGAUGCUGAAGAAGAAUCUUUUCGACAGCUCCAUUUAAAGGACAAGAAGAGGUUUGAAAAAGCUAACAAGGAUGGAAUGUCUGGCCUGAAUCUGGAUGAACUUAUUGCAUUUGAACAUCCUGAAGAAGUGGAAUACAUGAAGGAGUUUGUUAUUCAAGAAACUUUGGAGGAACACGAUAAAAACGGUGAUGGGUUCGUGAGCCUCGAAGAAUUCUUGGGUGACUACAGAAGAGAUCCAACUGCCCAUGAAGACCCAGAAUGGAUCCUUGUGGAGAAGGACCGGUUUUCAAACGAUUAUGACAAAGAUAAGGAUGGAAAACUUAACCCCGAGGAGCUGUUAAGUUGGGUCGCUCCCAAUAAUAAGGGCAUUGCUCAGGAAGAGGCUGCCCACCUGAUUGAAGAAAUGGACAUGGAUGGUAACGGAAAACUUACAGAGGCGGAAAUUAUAGAGAACCAAGAUCUGUUCCUCAGUAGUGAAGCCACAGAUUACGGCAGGCAGCUCCAUGACGAAGGUUUCUACCACGAAGAACUUUAGUUAAGAAGAAACUCCUUUUGGCCUCUUCGGCCAAAAUCCUGUUCUGAUUUUACACCAGAGUCACCUAGAGGGUCUAAAGUUUUGGGGACAAAAUGGCAGCAAGUUGAAAAGGCAGGAUAGACCAUUACCUGUUGUGUGCCAAAUCGUAGGAGUUGAUGCCUCUGCCGAUUUCUCAACUGGAAGCAACUCACCUUUUAAAACUGCACCACUUGGGUUAUGCUUUGCUGGUGUAACUUCUAGGAUUUUGGCCUUUGUUUGUGCAUCUGUUUUUGCCUUCCCUUUGUACUUUGCCGUGGAGGUCUUAAGCUUCCAUAAUUUGGGUAUCAAAUGGUCUGUUCUUAACAGGAAUGGAAAUGGACAUUCAUAUUUUAAUACUGCUUUUUUGAAAUGUACUUGAAAACGGAAUGAUUUGACUGGUUGAUAAGAUCGGUACCAUUAGUGAGGGUUUUUUUUGAAAAGGAUGAAAAUGAGGAGAAUGAGUUUUAUGUUCCUAAUAACCCUUCUGUAUCAAUAUUCAGGAGGAUUAAAAACCUUCCUUACUUGUAAGGUUUCUCUUUGUAUCAACAUCUAUAGAGGGUGUGUUUAUAUGUUCUGGAAAUAUUAUUUUUGCAUCUAAGCAGUGUUGAUUUUAACUGUAAAGAGACAACUUUAGAAGGUGUCUUGUGUUUAAUUUAAAAAAGCAACAACACUAUUCCCGUUGAAACACUCAGAUUAAAAUGUCCCAAAAAUCCUUAUUUUGCAUGUCAUUUUUGUCAUGAAUGUGGUACAACUGUAUUUAUAACAGUUUUGUUUUUUGCAAUGGGCAAAAUCCUGUCAGCAUAGUUCGACACUGUUGUAAACCAGAUCUGGAUACUGGAAAUAAUGAAUUAAAAUGAAUAAAAUUAUCCCCUCCUCACAA